AUGUUCGAAGCAACAACUGUUGUAAUGACACAGAAGCCUUCCUUGGUUCAACGUCAAUAUCUGCAUACUAUUUGUAAUGAAAAGUGUUACAAAACUUCUCAAGGUCUUAUUUGUCAUGAAAAUUUGGCUCACCAUUCCUAUAAUCAACCUCCUGCCGAUAUCAUUUCUUUACCUUUGCAACACCAACUUAUCAAGUUUCCAUAUACCGUAGCAGAGUUUGGAAGUCAAUUGAGUAGAUUUUCACCAGCAAAACGAGCAUAUUGGUGUGUUUUUAAAGGUUAUGAAGCAGAAUCUAUGUUAGAAAUUUUACUUGGUGAUAAACAAUGGGGAACUCAAUAUUAUAAAAAAAAUCAAAAAAGCUAUGUACAAUUAUAUUUAUAA